AUGGCAGAAUACAUAAACCCACGCGGCGAUGCACCUGCCGAGGAGAUGCCGGAGCUCUCCGACGGGGACGACGAUGAUAAUGAUGAAGACCUGUGGCAGUGGGCGGAGGAGGAUGAGGAGGACAGUCGGCCGGCGACCGUUACAUGUCUGUUCUGUGACAGGUUGCUGAGCUCCGUGCCUGCCACCCUGCAGCACUGCGCGGCCGAUCACCAGGUCAACCUCGUGGAAGUGAUACAAAGACACCAUUUAGAUGACUACGGUUACAUAAAGAUGAUCAACUUCAUCCGGUCCACAAAAUGUGAUGCAUCCGGUCUGACGGGACUGCCAGACGCCCCUUUACCUUGGGAGAGCGAAGACUUCCUGCUACCCGUCCUGCAGGACGACCCUCUGCUGCAGACAGACCCCGAGGAGCUCUGUGAGGACGCCAGCCUGUCGGUGUGCUCGUCCUCCGGGGCCCAGUCCCAUGAUGCACUGCAGCAGAGGACCCAUGCCGCUGAGGAGAGAGCCAGUACUUCAGAGCAGGCGCUGACCAGAGCCAUGGACGACCUGCACAAACUCAAACUUCUGGCUCAGGGUUUGGUGCUGAACGCAGAGACGAGCAGACCGGCUAACCAGAGCGCCGUGGCCGACCUCCGCGAGGACGAAGACGAGGCCUACUUCAGCUCCUACGGCCAUUAUAGCAUCCACGAGGAGAUGCUGAAGGAUAAAGUGCGCACCGAGAGCUACCGCGACUUCAUGUACAGCAACCCCGAAGUGUUCAGAGACAAGGUGGUGCUCGACGUGGGCUGUGGGACCGGCAUCCUGGCCAUGUUUGCCGCCAGAGCCGGGGCCAAGCAGGUCAUAGCGGUCGACCAAUCAGAAAUCAUCUAUAAGGCCAUGGACAUAGUCAGGUCCAACCAGCUGGAGGACAAGAUCACUCUGAUCAAAGGCCGCAUCGAAGACAUCAAGCUCCCAGUGGAGAAGGUGGACAUCAUCAUCUCAGAAUGGAUGGGUUACUUCCUGCUGUUUGAGUCCAUGUUGGACUCCGUCCUGUACGCCAGAGACCGCUACCUGGCGGACGGCGGCUCAGUCUAUCCAGACCUUUGUAACCUCAGCCUGGCUGCAGUUGGAGACGCACAGAAGCACCGAGACCACAUUGCAUUCUGGGACGACGUGUAUGGCUUCAACAUGGCGUGCAUGAAGCAGGCUGUGGUGCCUGAGGCUAUGGUGGAGAUGGUGAAAGAAGACACACUCAUCUCUGAACCUGCAGUCAUACAGACGUUCGACUGUAACAAAGUGUGUCUGUCUGAGCUGGAGUUUGCGUCAGAUUUCAGCCUGAAGAUGACAAACACCACAGAAUGCACAGCACUUGUCGGCUACUUUGACAUUUUCUUUGACAAAGGCUGCGGCAACAAGGUGAUGUUCUCCACGAGUCCCCGGGUCACAAAGACGCACUGGAAGCAGACGGUCUUCCUCCUGGAGAAGCCUUUCAACGUCCAAGCAGGGGAGGAGCUCCAAGGAAAGAUCAGCGUGUGUAAGAACAAGAAGGACCCCCGCGCACUGUGGGUCACCUUUGACCUCCCAGACGGGAAGCAUACCUACAACCUGCAAUAACGACCCCCGUCGCAUGGGUGAAAUAAAACAUCCAGGAAACAUACCCCGCUUUUUAAUGGACCUGUCCUGUGUUCUCGAGACAGAAGGAAGUUCAACGCUUGAUUUUGAUGUUUGGAAUGUUAGGAUUAUUUCUGUGCCUUGUAAUAAAGAAUUAAAAAAGAAAUUUUAAACUCU